ACACAAAAUGUUUUUCCUAGGCCUUGGUACAAAACACGUGACACGCAGAGCUUUCUCGGUAAACAAGACGGACUGAAGUUCAACAGCUUCAAUUUGUGUUAGAUUCGCGCAUUUUAUGAACAGUUGCACCGCCAUGGAAGUCAAACGUAGCUCCAGGUGUGCCCACUUUACAGGGUUCCUGUGUUUUCUUCUGUUUCAAGUUUCUUGCGGGAAUUCGAAUAGCUUCAUUCUAGUCGCCGACAGGUUGCUGAAAGGAAUUUAUCAAGUUGACGUCACAUCCGGUUUGAAUGUGUCACUUCCGCUUGGGGAACUUCCGGAUCCGUCUGGCCUUGACUAUGAUCACGUGACGGAUCUCGUGUACUGGUCUGACGUAUCAGAGGGUAAAAUAAUGCGAGCAAAACGAGACGGGGCGAACGUGGAGGUUGUUGCUGAAAAUGGUGUCAUCUCUCCAACUGACGUCGCCCUUGACCUUGCCGGAGGGAACAUCUACUGGACGGACAGUGGGUCCUACGUCAUCCGAGUUGCCCGGAUGGACGGCGAAUACUCCAGGGUCAUCGUCCGAGAGGGCGAACCGAUAACCGCCCAGCCCCAGGGAAUAGCGCUGGACCCCGAGAACGGCUACAUGUACUGGACGUCCAAUCUGAGCCCAGCGAAGAUAGAACGGGCUGCAAUGGACGGGACUGGCAGAGAAACACUGGUCAACACAGGACUAAAAUUUCCAAGAGGACUGGCCAUUGACAAACAGGGGCAAAUGCUGUAUUGGUGCGAUGGCGACUUUCACCAAAUAAUGAGAUCGGAUCUACAAGGAAACAAUCCCACGGUUGUGUUCAGCCCCACAAACGAACAGCUCUACUUUUUCGGCAUCGUGGUGGAGGACUCAUACAUAUACUGGACGGCAUGGGCAUUGACCCACAUAACAAGGACUCCUAAGGACCCAUCGGCGCAGGGACAGAUUUUACCUAUCGGUGGUGGUUUCCGGCAAAUGAUGGACCUGCACCUUCACAACCCUGAUGCUGUGGCAGAUAUUUCUAACGCCUGUACGACAGCUAACGGAGGCUGUUCUCACCUGUGCCUUGCGCGACCCGGAGGCAGGACGUGCGCGUGUGACGAUGACUGGACCCUGCAACAGGACGGGACCACCUGUCAACUCAGAGAUGUCCCCACUCCAACGUCAGACUUCCUCUUGGUAGCCGACAGCCAGCUUAACGCCAUCUUUCAAAUCAACGUCACUUCCGGGGCAAAGGUCAACCUUCCACUGGGACAUCUCGUACAUCCGGUUGCCCUUGACUACGACCCUGAGACCGACUACGUCUACUGGGCCGACCCUCUACACAGAAAGAUAUCACGGGUACAUCGAAACGGAUCCGGAAGCGUAGAAGACGUUGCUACCGAUGGUGUCCUCUCACCUUUAGGCCUGGCUCUGGAUUUGGUCGGAGGGAACAUCUACUGGACAGAUUCUGGACGUGACGUCAUCUCAGUUGCAAAGCUUGAUGGGAUGUUUGCCAAGGAUCUUAUUUCAGAGCAGCUCGACCAACCACAUGGACUCGUGCUGGACCCACAGAAUGGGUACAUGUACUGGGCUGACUGGGGCUCCCAACCAAAGAUAGAGCGGGCCGCUAUGGACGGAACGGGAAGGGUAACGCUGGUCUACGAGAAUCUACAACACCCAACCGGCCUGGCGAUAGAUCUAACUGAACAACGCCUAUAUUGGUGUGACUCGGGUCAAUAUAAAAUCGAGAGCAUUGACCUGUCCAGUGGCGCACGGAGUCUCCUCAAACAACGGACUGAAGUCACCUCCUUCUUCGACAUCGCUGUUGACGACUCUUACGUGUACUGGUCAGCUUGGAAUAUCCCCAGAAUCGCCAGGAUAGUAAAGGAUGGUCUUCCGAGGGAGGAAACGGUCUCCGAAGGAUUCGGGAGUCCGAAGGGGAUGCACGUGCAGAAAGUACCCUCGGUGCAAAGGGAAACGAACGCCUGCACGACAGGGAAUGGCGGGUGCCAACAGUUGUGCCUGGUUUGCCCCGGAGGGAGGACGUGCGCUUGUCAGAACGGCGAGACGCUUGCAGGGGAUGGGCUGUCCUGCAGACUGUCAGGUGUUUCUACGACAACCCAACCAAUCAAAAGCACCCUACCGUACAUUACGAGUCCCAGCCAAUCAGAUGGCCUGUCCCUCGCCAUUAAGGUCGGGAUAGCAGUUUCUGGGUUCGCGCUGUUCAUUGUCAUCACUGCUGCCAUUGGUGGAUUCCACUGUUUUAAGAAGUGGCGUCAGAAUCGAGCAGCCAAUCGCGAGAACCAGUAUCCCGUGGACAAUCCGGCAUUCGACGAUGAAAUCUAUGAUGUGAUACAAGACGAAGGGUUCAUCAGUGUAGCUGCUUUCCCACCACCGGUUCCCCCACCUCUGAACCGCAACGAAAACGACUACAUUGGCGUCAAAGGUAUAAAUAACCCCAGCGGCUACGAGGUCCCGUCAACCUUAAAACGAGCGACCCCUACCGAUCCGAUCAAGAACCACAACCACAAGCCUGCCGGUGACACGCCUGAUGAUGAUGAUGAUCACGAUGACAACGAGUACUUGGACCUGAACGGGAUGGCUGCAAAAGACCGAACACCGGCGCCGUUUGCAGGUUCCGUCAAGAACUGCAUCUACAAGCCUAGCCGUCUACCUGGCGACGAUGAUACCGGAUACGACUACACCUAUCCGGAUCGGAAAACCGUCGACCCGUACCAGCGCCUAGGCGGCUCCUACCAACAACACCACGAGUACCAAGGCCUCCGCAACAAGGGUAAAACCCAAGGCAACGACUACACCCAUCCCCAGACCGACCCGUACCAUCCUCUGGGUGGGUCCUAUGAACGCCACAGUGUGUACCAAGGCUUGCGCAAGAAAAGUGAGAACGACCCACCGCCGAAGUACACCGACUUGGCCCACUACUUUCAGCCUAACGUGGUCGACCUUCCGGAUCCGGAUUACAACCAUAAGCUGUAAAGGUCCUAACUGAGUGCUGUAGUGAAUAUUUCUAUCUCACCGAGUGAGAAGUUUUGUUUCUGAUACCAAGACUUCAUCAAAAUUAUGAAAUUAUGGCA